CUUUCUGAUAGGGAGGCUUAUCAAACUUUAUUUGUGUAUAUAGUAGUUGCGAAAACACUUAUUCAAAGCCUUUAGACACCUUGUGCAACUAUUUGUGAAUAAGAUAGAAGGGCCUAUAAAAUGUCUUCUGAUAAAUUGGAUGAAUUAGCUAUCGAAAAUUUUCGAGAAUAUUUAAGAAUCCCCUCUGUACAACCUAAUGUUAAUUAUGAUGAUUGUGUGAUUUUUAUAAAAAAACAGGCCAAAAGCCUGGACCUCCCAGUAAAAGUUUUUGAAAUAUUCCCUGGGAAACCAAUAGUUGUUAUCACAUGGGAGGGUUUCGAACCUGAAAAACCAUCGAUUUUACUAAACGGUCACAUGGACGUUGUGCCUGUGUAUUUGGAUCAGUGGAAAUAUCCUCCCUUUGCAGCCCACAUGGACGAAAAAGGAGACAUUUAUGGUCGUGGAUCACAGGAUAUGAAAAGUGUCAGCAUUCAAUAUAUUGAAUCAAUUCGUCGAUUGAAAUUAAAUGGAAUCCGAUUAAAAAGGACAAUUCACAUUUCAUUCGUGCCAGAUGAAGAAAUUGGUGGAAAAGAUGGAAUGGAAGCUUUUGUAGCAACUCAGGAUUUUAAAAAUUUAGAUAUUGGCUUUGCCUUGGAUGAAGGAAUACCUUAUCCAACAGAAUCAUUUAUAUUAUUUUAUGGAGAAAGAAGUAAAUGGGAUGUAUGGAUUCAUUGUUCUGGCCAACCAGGACAUGGAUCUCUGAUGUCUGAAAAUAAUUCUGGAGAGAAAUUCUACAAAGUCAUCGAUCGAUUCAUGAAAUUCAGGGAUGCAGAAAAAAAGAAAUUGCAGGAUCCGAAAAUUAAGCCCGGAGACGUUACUUCUGUUAAUUUAACGAUGGUCAAGGGUGGUAUACAAAUUAAUGUGAUCCCGCAGGAAUUGUCAGUUGGAUUUGACAUUCGAAUCGCUCCUGAUGUCGACCAUAAAAAAUUCGAAAAUAUGAUAAAAAGUUGGUGCGAAGAAGCAGGACAGGAUGUGUCUUAUCAAAUUUUGACAAAAAAUAGGCCGGUCGAAAAUACAAAAUUAGAUGAGAACAAUAUUUUUUGGGUUGCAUUUAAAAAUGCCUGUGAUGAUGCCAAUUUGGAGUUGGAACCAAUUAUUUGUCCAGGUGGGACAGAUGCUCGCUACGUGAGAAAAGUUGGAAUUCCCGCCUUAGGAUUUACACCGGCAAAUAAUACGUCUCUACUUCUUCACGAUAACAACGAGCGUUUGAAUAAAGAUGUAUUUUUAAGAGGAAUCGAUAUUUACAUGAAAAUUAUACCGGCUGUCGCCAACGCUUAACUUUAGGAAUAAAAUAUCAAA